CCACUUUAAAUUCAGGUGAAGUCUGAAAUUUUGAUAUCGAAGAGAUUUAUCACGUCGAAUGGAAGUCUGACCUGGGUCGUUUUUGUCCUUGAAGAUCGAACCUGUGGAAAACGUUUUGGAAUGAUAUCAGUUUCUGUCUGAAAAACAAGGUGAGAAAUAGAUUCGUCAAUGGCAGACAUACCGGGACAUCUUCGUACCUGUCUGCAAAUGGGUAAAAUCGCAUCCCUAGCAAUCUUGGUCUCAGGAGGGAUCGUGUUGCAGAUUCUGGCAUGUGCUCUGUUCAAUAACUGGUGGCCGAUGCUAAGUGUUAUAAUGUAUGUGCUUCUCCCAAUGCCAUUGCUUUUCUUUGCGGGCUCAGACAGUUCCUCUCUCUUCAACGAGUCAGACAACAGCUGGAUCAACGCAGCCAAGUUCUUGACGGGUGCAUCGACCAUCGGAAGCAUAGCGAUACCCUCGAUCUUGAAACAUGCCGGACUCAUCGGCUGGGGUGCAUUAGCAUUGGAUCUGUCCUCCUAUGUUGUCUUCCUGGUCGCUAUUCUCUGCUACCUUUGCAUGGGAGACAGUGAUGACUAUUACAGCUUCAUCUGAGACAGCAAUGGCAAUGUUCAAAUCUCUCGUGGAUGGGAUUGUUCAAGAACAAGUCACUCGGACAAUUCAGAUGAGCGUUUUCACAUUGGUGGGUCUUGCUGGAUUUUCUGAGUUCUGUCCGGGGAGAGGAAAUGUGUCGGCUGAGUUAGAUGCGUCUGGUUUUGGUGGUUUGUGCAAGUAAAUGUAUGGUUCCAGUCCGCAGUUGUAUUGUCUUUUGGUGUAUAGCAAGUACAAUAAAAACUUGUCCGUACAAGAAGAACUGUUGUUUGUUUGAUUCAGUUUAACACUAAUCAGUUUAAUUUUAA